GGCUGGCUGUGACUUCUAACCUCUGCAGGGAUGGGGGACUCAUUAAAAUGGUCCUUCCCAAGAGACUUAUGGAUCCAAAUGGAUUCCUGAUGGCUCUUGGGGAUAUUCCUCCUAUAGCUGCAGGCGAUUCUGUUGAAGUUCUGGACGAUCUCCAGAAUAGGGAGAUGGCCAGGGCGAUACACGCAGUUGCUCCUGAGCGUCCCCUCUUGCCCAGCAGAGCCAAAUCAGCUCCAUGGAUGGAGGACUCAGGAUGAAUUUCACCAAACACGGGCUACAGUCUUUUAGGGCCAACUCCGCAGCAAUGGAAGCAGCCAAAAAAGCUUAUUUGGCUGCCUGCAUUGUGUCUACAACAACUAUACCAGCAGAGCUGUUCCAAGUGGUCAGGGGAUUCCUUCAUUCUGAUUUUCAGGAUGGAACCUAUGACCACUCGGCAGCUUGGUGUGGCGAGUUCACCUACCAUUUUGCAGACAAAGUUGCUCAGAUCCGGUGCAACUUGGAUGCCAAUUUUGAUGCAGUACCAAUCAAUAGAUGUACUUGAGGCACCUGUUUUCCCUAUUUUAAUAGAUUUGUUUCAUCUUGGCAGAGCUCUGUUCUUCUGUUCUUCAGAUACAACAAAGUGAUGUUUCCAUUGCUCACUCCAAUGAACUUUGGUGCGGAAGAGGGAUUGUGACAGGGAUCCUCAUUGACUUAGGUGGAAAUGGAGUUGUGCGUGAAGCAAUAUUGUGUACUGCACAUGAGGCUGUGCAGUAUGCAUCACAGUUGAACAUGGAACAUUGUGCCUGCACAUGGCACAAAGGCCCCCAGUCAUGCAGACAGCAUGACAUGCAGACAGCAGUGUUGCUAUUCUGCAUAGGGCUUGGACAUGCUGGUGUAGCAUAUAACUGUAGUGUAUACAGACUUAUUUUAUUGGAGGGGGGGUUGCACUGUGACCCACAUGUGAAGAAAGCAAAUGGCCUGCAUCCACCUUGAAUUUUUAUUGCAUUUUGGCAAUUCUUUACAAUAAUUAGGACAAUUUCCAUAGAAUUGUCCUUCCCUCUGUCUUUUUUCAGUUGGUGAACUCAAUUGCCAGGCAUGAUUUUAUUGCAAGGGUUCAAAAAACAAAAACUAAGCAGGUUUCUGCCUGCAGGAGCACAGAAAUGCAAAUCUACAUGUCUUCUGUAAUGAUAAUAAUAAUUAACCAGGAAGGAGACAAUUAAAUUUGACUUUGGUUCCAGAAAUAAAACACUCCACUUGCCACAUGGUUAUGUAAGGCAGGAGGUGGCGCCCAAUCUAGCCUCAAAUUAAAUAUAUGGACAGAAUAUGAAGCCCAUAUUCUGAGUAAAGGAGCAUAAGGAGUGCAAACUCCAUCAUGGAGCUAUCUGGAGCAGUCACCCUUUUCCUUGUCAUCUACCUGUCUUGCCUUGCCAUUGUAUCAUUUAAGAGGAAAUUAUCGAGCAAAGGGAGGCUUCCUCCGGGACCCACUCCCCUGCCUCUGAUUGGGAAUUUCCUGCAGAUCAAGUCAUUAGAAAUCUUAAAAUCUCUUCUCAAGCUUCGUGAAAAGUAUGGCCCUGUGUUCACUGUCUAUUUUGGAACCCGUCCAAUUGUGGUCUUGUGUGGACAUGAUGCUGUGAAGGAGGCCCUGAUAGACAAGGCAGAAGAAUUCAGUGGAAGGGCCACCAACCCUACGCUGGAAAGGACCUUCCAAGGACAUGGAGUGGUUCUUUCCACCGGGGAGCGUUGGAAGCAACUACGCCGAUUCUCCCUCACUGUCUUGAGAGAUUUUGGAAUGGGGAAAAAAUCCAUUGAAGAGCGGAUUCAGGAGGAGGCCCAGUUCCUGCUGGAGGAAUUCAAGAAAACUAAGGAGAAACCCUUUAAUCCUGCCUUCAUCCUCAGCUGCUCUGUCGCCAAUGUUAUUUGCUCCAUUGUAUUUGGCAAUCGCUUUGACUAUGAAGAUAAUGAUUUCCAGGCCAUUAUGGAAAUGAUGAACAACAGUUUCCGGGAGAUGAGCUCAGCCAGGGCCCAGUUGUACGACAUCUAUGUCAGCAUCCUGAAGUACUUCCCAGGCCCCCAGGAUAAAGUCUAUGACUUCCUGGGUGGGAUUAGGGCUUACAUUGCCAAGAGAGUGAAGAAGAACCAAGAGACCCUUGACCCCAACUUCCCACGGGACUUCAUUGACUGCUUCCUCAUCCAGAUGGAAAAGGAAAAAGAUAAUCCAUUCAGUGAAUUUAACAUGAAAAACCUGGAGCUUACUCUUUUCUUUGGUGGAACAGAGACCGUCAGCUCCACCCUGAGAUAUGGAUUUCUGUUCCUGAUGAAAUAUCCUGAAGUCCAAGCAAAGGUUCAUGAAGAAAUUGACCGGGUGAUUGGACAGAAUCAUGCCCCAAACAUUGAAGGCAGGAGCCAGAUGCCAUAUAUGAAUGCUGUCAUCCAUGAAGUGCAGAGAGUCAGUGACCUGUUUCCCAUGGCCCUGCCCCACAUGGUUACGCGUGACACUGAAUUCAGAGGCUACAUGAUUCCCAAGGGAACAGAAGUCUACCCUGUGCUCAGUAGUGUCCUGCAUGACCCCACAAUGUUUAAAAACCCUCAUGCUUUCAACCCAGGGAAUUUCUUGGAUGAGAAUGGAUGUUUCAAGAAGAGUGAUGCGUUUGUGCCAUUUUCUUCAGGGAAGAGGAUCUGUUUGGGAGAAGCUUUGGCCCGAAUGGAACUUUUCGUCUACUUCACCACCAUUUUGCAGAGCUUCCGGCUGAAGCCCCUUGUGACCCCAGACAAAAUUGACACAACGCCCGCUGAGAAUGGAUCUGCAGUCAUACCACCCUUCUAUGACUUCUCUGUCAUCCCACGCUGAGAGAGCCUUUGUCCACAGUUACAACUCUUUAAUAUGUCAUAUCUUCCACCUUCAUUAGGGAGAAGGGACAACAUUCAUCCUUUUUUCUGGCUCUCGAAUAGUUGACUUCCAUUCCUCAAUAGGAGAAUAGGUACUUUUGGAAUGGAGCGCUAUUUGACCCUCAGGUUGUGGAUUGGUAAACCCGUGGCUCAUUAGAAACUUUGCAAUUUGUGACAACAAUUGUUUCCUGGUCAAAAUUACUUUUGGGGGGAAUAUAGUGUGCCAUAUAUAUUUUGCAUAAAUGGCCAAAUAGGUUUGUUUUUCUUCCAUCAUUCAUAGAAUUAUUUAUUAUUUAUUUCAUACAUUUAUAUCCCAUCCUUCUCACACAGACCCCCCCCCCCCCCCCCGGGGCAACCAUUAGAUGCCAACCACAAUUCAAAGUCAUAAUCCAAGGUCUGUCCAUUGUCAUUCACAUAAAUCAUUUCAUUAGAAUCAUAGGAUCAAAGAGUUGGAAGAGACCUCUUGGGCCAUCCUGUCCAACCCCCUGCCAAGAAGCAGGAAAAUCACAUUCAAAGCACCCCUGAUAGAUGGCCAUCCAGCCUCUGCUUAAAAAGCCUCCAAAGAAGGAGCCUCCACCACACUCCGAGGCAGAACUUUCUCUCAAAGUGAGAAAGUUCUUCCUCAUGUUCAGGUGGAAUCUCCUUUCCUGAAGUUUGGAGCCAUUGUUCAAUUGCAUCCUAGUCUCCAGGGCAGCAGAAAGGAAGCUUGCUCCCUCCUCCCUAUGACUUCCCCUCACAUAUUGAUACAUGGCCCUUAUCAUGUCUCCUCUCAGCCUUCUCUUCUGCAGGCUAAACAUGCCCAGCUCUUUAAGCCGCUCCUCAUAGGGCUUGUUCUCCAGAUCCUUGACCCUUUUAGCUACCCUCCUCUGGACACACUCCAGCUUGUCAACAUCUCCCUUCAAUUGUGGUGCCCAGAAUGGGACACAGUGUGAUUCCAGGUGUGGUCUGACCAAGGCGGAAUAGAGGGGUCGCAUGACUUCACUGGAUCAAGUCACUAUACUACUAUUGAUGCAGGCCAGAAUCCCAUUCUCUAAUUAACUCAGGCUGGAUCUACACUGCCAUAUUAUACAAUUUGAACUACAUUAUGUAAUGCACUUAAGUGCCAUUCAGACUGCAAUAUAUGAGUCUGCACUGCAUUAUUUGGCAGUGAAACAUGGGGCCUCAGUGAAGGGGGCAUAAAGGCAGAGCAGCAAUAAUAAGAUAAGAUGGCAUCCUGUACAGAAAUUGCAUCUUUCUAAACGAACUUAGAUAGGCAAGGAUUGCAAUUGGAGGGUUUUGUAAUAUCCAUAUUCUGUAGACAGCUGCUGCUCUAUCGCUACCUAGCUGAUUCAUGUUUAAACUUGGAUAAACUUGUACAAAUACAAGUAUUCCAAAAUCAGGAAAGAAUUCAUAAUCCAAAAGACUUCUGAUUGUUUGUUGUAAAGCAUUGAGUAUUGCGACAUCUUUAUUCUAUCAAAAAUGUUUCAUAUUUUUGUGUGUGUCCAUUUAGCAACCUAAAGAUUUGAAAAUAAAAACUUCAGACUGGCUUGAA